AAAACCCUGUUCUAGGUGUUCAGAAUGCCUCCACAGUCUAGCAGUAGCCUGCUAAAGCCAGAACCUAGCCCAGAUAUCUCACGGCUUUUCACCUGGGAAGAGAUAGGGCUCCGCUCAGGUCAGAAGAACUCCAAGCAAGAGAAAUGGCUGGUCAUCAACAGGAAAGUCUAUGACAUCAGCCAUUUUCAUUGGAAGCAUCCUGGGGGCACUCGUGUCAUCAGCCACUAUGCAGGACAGGAUGCCACGGAUGCCUUCACAGCUUUCCACAAGGAUGAAGACUUAGUAAAGAAAUACCUGAAGGCACUACUAAUUGGAGAGCUGGCACCUGAUCAAUCCAACUGUGAGCCCAAUAAAAAUGAAAUGCUAAUAAAUGAUUUUCGUGAACUACACAGCAUGGUGAAGAGGAUGGGACUCCUGAAACCCAAUUAUCAUUUCUUCAUGUUAAUAUUUCUUCAUGCCCUACUGAUUGAUGUUGCAUCCUGGCUCACCAUCUGGUAUUUUGGAAAGUCCUGGAUACCAUUCCUUGUUGGUGUGGCACUAUUCACCAUAAGCCAGGUCCAGUAUGGAUUUUUUCAGCAUGAUCUUGGACAUGUUUCAGUCUUUCAGAAGCUCAAGUGGAAUAAACUAAUUCAUUUCAUUGUAUUAGGAGUUCUUAAGGGUGGGCCACCAAGUCAAUGGAACUUUAUGCAUAACCAGCAUCAUGCCAAACCCAACUGUUUCCGUAAAGACCCUGAUCUCAACAUGCACCCUCUUCUGUUUACCUUGGGGAAGCCCCUUUCUGUGGAGCUUGGCAGGAAAAAAAAGAAAUACAUGCCUUACCAAUACCAACAUUCAUACUUUUUCUUCUUGGCUCCAAUGACUUUCAUGCUUUUUGUCCAGGGUGCUAUAAUCCGCUACACAGUUAAGAGGAAAAAGUGGGUGGAGCUUGCUUUCAUUGUGAUCUACAAUAUCCGUGUCUGUCUCAUGUAUGUUCCUUUAAUGGGAUUUAAGAGCUUCAUGGCAUUCUACUGGCUGUCCAGGUUCCUAGAAAGCAACUGGUUUCUUUGGGUCUCACAGAUGAAUCACAUUCCAAUGAACAUUGAUUAUGACAAGAAUCUAGACUGGGUCUCUGCCCAGCUUGCAGCAACAUGCAACGUGGACCAAUCGCUGUUCAACAACUGGUAUACAGGGCACUUGAACUUCCAGAUUGAGCAUCACCUUUUCCCAACGAUGCCUCGGCAUAAUUAUUGGAAGGUGGCUCCCCUGGUGAAAUCCCUCUGUGCCAAACAUGGUGUUCAGUACCACUGCAAGCCCCUGCUCACUGCCUUUGCAGAUAUAUUGCGAUCUCUGAAGGAAUCAUCAGAGCACUGGGAGGAUGCCUUUCUCCAUGGCUAAGAAGAGGCAGGGGCUCAGGAAGGAAUCUCCUCAUGUUGCCCUCUAAUGUCACAGAGCAAACAGAUUUGUUGGGACAGGAUGGGCUUAACUAUGCAGUU